UUUUUUACGCUGAGAAUUCGGCAUAAACAAAGGAGACUGCAAAAAAGAUACAAUUUAUUUUAAAAAUUUUAGAGUAGCUAUUUAUAAAGAAAAAUGACUACAAACGAAAGUAUUAUGGAGGAAAUGUUAGAUCGAGCGACAAAUCCUAUUCGAGAAAGUGUAGACGAGCUAAGUUCGCAGAUGUUUUGUAUGGUUGUGCGAAGCAAUCCGCAACUAGUUGAUAGAUCACAGGAAAUGAUUAUGUUGAAAGUGAGAUCCAACAAUGUCACCGAAUCCACGAGAGCAAUAACUUUGUUGGAAGAAUGUAUGAACAAGUGUGGCACAGAAUUUCAAGAUGAAGCCUCCAAAUUUCGUUUUCUUAACCAAUUAAUUCGGCUGGUAUCGAAGAAGUACCAAGGUGCUCAAACACCGGCACCUAUAAAAAAACGUAUUAUGGAGUGCCUUUUGUUGUGGACAACAGAACACCCUCAAAAAGUAAAAAUACGAGAAGUAUAUGAAAUGCUUUGCAAAGAAGGUGGAGUUGAACAUGUUGUUGCACCGUCUGUAGAGUCUAAGCGGGAGAGUGUACUGGGUAUUGAUGAAGAAAUGUUAGCUAAGCUAAUUAAUAGCAAAGAUCCUGAAAAUUAUAAACGUGCAAAUCUGUUAAUACAAAAUCGAGUAAAACAAGAAGCCCGUCGGCGAGAUUUAAUUAUACAGCACAAAAACAUUUUGCAAGAAGUUUCUAAUACAGUCUGUUUAUUGGAUGAAAUGCUCAAUAUAUACGAAACAGAAGGAAAUAAAAACGAUGAAGAGAGCGAAAGCAUGAAUGUAAUACGGGAACUGUAUCAAGCUUGUAAAAAGCAUAAACCAAUUAUGGAACGAUUGCCUGAGCUGAUGGAAAACAUAGACGAGUCUUUAAUAGUUGAAGCAGUGGAAAAUAAUGAAGCCUUGCAAAAUGUUAUUAAACGUUACAAGUGUUUAGUGGGAACCCCAACAAAGAAAACUACACGCGAAAUCGGCUUUGAUCAAAGUAAUAUUAAUAAAUCCCAAAGGAAUGAAGAGGAAAAUGUAGGUAGCACCAAUAUCGAUCUUCUAUCCGAUUUACUUGGCAGCGAAACAAGAAUUGGAGUAGUGUCGCCUGCUACAGAUACUACAUCUUCAUCAAUAGUUGAUGCGGAUAUUUUGGGGGCAACUAGGAAUUCUGUUGCUACAAGAGAGAUAUCUAGUUCUACAAAUCCACUUGAUGAUUUGCAUGAAAUAUUCGCUGAAGCAACUAAAAAUAUAAAUAUGUCGGAAAAUGUUAAAAGGGCAAAUGAAAUAUUUAGCAAUAGUAUUUUAGAGCCUAUUAGCACAUUACCCACUCCAUUGUCUGGUACAAAAGCGGAUGGAUCCAUAACACCAAAAGAAGCUGAUAUGGUAGCGGAUAAAUAUACUUUUCGAAAAAUGCCUACGAUCGACAAAUUAAGCGAAGAUCUUUUUCAAGAAUCCCUCAGGGAUUUGGAACGAGUCUACAGUUUUAAAAAGGGCCCAGAGAAACAUACUUUAAACGAUUUGGCCGAAGAAAAAAUUAAAGAUAACAUUAUUUCUUGCACGCAAUCAAAAACUCAACCCAGUGAUAAAAUUAGUGAAAAAUUUUGUAAUCAGCAAAUGGAUGAUGAUAAUAUUCUCAAAAAAGUAUCUGAUAAAGAAGAAGAUGAUUUAAUACUGCCGAUUAAAAAUGAUGAAAAUACGGGUAUAGAGGCAAUUAUUUCAGAGGUUCCCGAAAUUCACAUCAAAAAAAUUUCAGAGCCUAAAUCGGAAACUCCACAAACUACUUCUUUAGCUGAAAUUGAGGUUGAUUUGGAUAAAGUAGACCCUGAAGAAGGAGAACGCGUUCUGUGGGAUGAUGAUGACAUCAAAGUAAUGUUGAGCUUCACAAAAGAUCGUCCUAGAAAAGAGGUUUCGGUGAUUGUGAUAUCUGUACAUAACAAAAGUAAAUUACCAGUGCAUAAUUUUAGAUUUGAUGCAAGCGUUCACAAACCUUGCAAAGUACGAUUAUUGUCUCCAACAGCAGCAUCUAUGGCACCUCAUAAACCUUUUAGGCCGGCAAUUCCUAUCAAUCAAGUGAUGCUUUUGCUUAACCCCACUGGCAGACCGACUGACAUUACUUGCUUCUUGGGCUAUAAUCUCGGCGAUGACCCUGAUCCCAUAAAAGAAUCGAACGUAGCUAAGGACAUUCCAUAUGUUGAAUAAAUAUACUGAAAUAUUAAAAUUAAAUUUUAAGCGAAUUGUCUUACU